UCAGCCAAGUAGCGUGUAUAGUAACUCUUUCUUUGAGUAAAAUUAGUGUGGACUUACUAUUGUGCAUGCCCACUCCAAACAAAAGCUAGAAUUGUAUAGGAUACUUAAUGUGGAAUCCACAAUAGUGGGUUAAUUUUGUCCACAAAUUCAAAUGAUAUGAAACAUACAGCAUGUUCUCGUUCCCACAAACCUUUUACCAUUUAUACUAACUGUUUGGUCUUGAUUUAUUUUAUUUUUUUUCCCUUUUUACUGGUUUGGUAUCUGUUUUAUUUUAUUUUGAUUUAAUUCAUUAUAACAUCCAUUCGAGAAAUAUACAUUACGUACACUGAAUUUGUGGUCAUCCAAGUCUAAGCAAUAACUUCACCUUAUCUAUAUAGAAUCUCAGAGCAUAUGACACCGAAAAUGACUCAACUCAUGUGAUGCACAUUGAUUAUUAAUCCUAGUACUAGUACAAUCCCAGGCCAGGGCUAUUUAUAUAUUAGUAACUACAAUGAAGGGCACAACUCAGUAUAUGUAUGAGCUAACUUCAUUCUGAAUUUUCAUCUUGUAUGCGUUCCGUUUCUCACUGAUCACCAUAACAUGUAUCCCCCUAAAGAAGCUGCACCCCUCGAAUGGUCGACCGGCCUCUGCGGCUGCUGCGAAGAUUGCAGCAACUGUUGUGUUACUUGCUUCUGCCCAUGCAUCACCUUCGGCAAGAUUGCGGAGAUCGUCGACAGAGGAUCCACCUCGUGUGCGACUAGCGCGUUUCUUUACGGGUUGGUGAUGUACCUGACCGGGUGCGGGUGCUUGUUCUCAUGCUCCUAUCGGUCGAAGAUGAGGGCUCAGUACUCAUUGCGCGAGAGCCCCUGCUCCGACUGCUGCGUCCACUUCUGCUGCGAGCACUUGGCCUUGUGCCAGGAGUACCGAGAGCUCAAACGCAGGGGAUUUAACAUGGACAUAGGGUGGCAAGCAAACAUGGAGAGACAAGCGGCCACGUUACCGCCACAAAUGCACGGAGGGAUGAGUCGUUGAGCAUUAUCACCAACUACCAAUUAUAUAUAUAUAUAUAUACACAUCUAUUUCUGAUUAAUGUUUAAUUUAUGCAUAAUAGUGGCGCUCUUGUAUUACCUGAAGUGAGGGGGAUUGUAUGUAUUGUGUAAGGGUCGUAAUUAAGUUGUAGUAAAUAAUUCUGUGACAAGAAAAGCUAGUGUACGUAGCUUAAAUC